GCGCAUGCGCGGCACGGCCGCAUGAGGAGACGGCCGCCGCCGCCGCCGGGCCCCGCCGCGCUCCGCGCCAUGUCGGACCGGCUCGGCAAGCCCACCUGCCUCAUCGUCGCCAGCGCCGCCGCCGCGGGUGUGUCAGCCCAGUCCUUCCUUCAUUGCUUUACACUGACCAGCUCUGCUUUCAAUCUGCAAGUUGCCACUCCUGGGGGGAAGCCAAUUGAUUUUGUGGAUGUGAACGAGAGCAACGUGCGCUGGAUACAGGACUUUCGUAUGAAAUCGUAUGCGAACCCUGCCAAGUUGGAGUCGAUUGAUGGUGCUAGAUACCAUGCAUUGCUGAUUCCAAACUGCCCCGGGGCUAUGACUGACCUUGCAAACAGUGGGUACCUGGCUAAGAUAUUGCAGCACUUCAGCACUGAGAACAAGCCUAUCUGUGCGGUUGGACACGGAGUUGCAGCUUUGUGUUGUGCCACCAAUGAGGAUAAAUCCUGGGUGUUUCAGGGAUACAGCCUCACAGGGCCCUCUGUGUACGAACUAGUAAGGCAGCCUAAUUUUGCCAGUUUGUCCAUUAUCGUGGAAGAUUUUGUGAAAGAUUCUGGAGCUACAUUUAGUGCCAGCAGUCCAGAUGCUGUACACGUUGUGCUGGACAGGCACCUGGUGACAGGACAGAAUGAGAAUUCCACUCUUCCUGCGGUCCAAAAUCUUCUUAUUCUUUGCAAUGUCAGGUGAAUGUGUAUUAGAAGUCCUUUCCUGGCUGUGGACUAACAGGUCGUGUCAUGUUUGGAUGUGUUUCAUUCAGCAGGAAAUGAAGGAGCAGGUCUCUUUGCAAAUAGGAUGGAUGAAGAGCCAGCAGGCUAAGGAUUUUCUUAUCUGUUAACUGGAUAAAACAUCCCUUUGAAUUUCUGUCCUGGACUAUGAAGUGACUGUGACAGUGAAGUGGCAAUGUCAGGUUUUGCAUGUAUAGAAUGAAUGAAGCUUGUGAAUAAGAAAAUUUCGAAGUGCCUCGCACUUCAGAAGCAACUAUGAAACCACCUUGCGUUUUUGUUGCUACAUCUUUUUUUCACUGCUUCUCUCUAAACCCUUAAUUUACAGAUGUGGAGAACUGUUUUUUUAAAAAAAGUUGGUGCUAUGAAUACAAAUUGCUGAAGACCUUGCUCUAGGUUGAUGUUACACUGAUUGUUAGUAAGUCUGCCCCCAAGAGCACUUGGAACUCUGAACCAUCUGGUGUUUGUUUCAAAUAUCAAAAUCCGCACCUAGAGCAAAAUGCAAUUUCAGAUGUGUUCUCACCUUUCUUUUGGUAGGUCACAAAGUUACUGUUGGAACUCUAAAUGUGUCAGGGACACUUGGAUAUGUUUGGAAUAGCUAAACUCUGAAUAAAGCAGGACCAGUUGUUUGAAGGUGGCUUGAAAGCUCACUGUGGUGAUACCGUUAGCAUAAUGUGCCCUUGUUUUCUUCCUUGCUUGUUCAUGUUAUUGGACUACUUAUGUUUAAAAAGCUUGCUCAGCUGUUUUUAAAUGGUAUUCUAACUGGUUGUCCUUCUUUGUGGUGCUUAUGUUACGAUUUUUGUUCUGUUUGAAAUGUUUGAAAUAUUUCUCUGUGGCAAGUACAUUGUGGCUAUGUCUUGCUGGAAUUUUAUGGACAAAGAAAGAAAAAAAUGUAGGCAGCUAGUGUGGAUAACCUCUUCUGAGGAACCAACUAUAUGAUGAAAUCUGGCCUUCUCUUUCCUUUUGAGCAGCAGAUGUGGCUUGAAAUUGAGCAUGGAAAGGAAUAAUCAGACUGAGAAUAUUUUUAGCUGUUGCAAGCUCAAGCAUAGUAAAUCUGUGGGAAAGUAGACAGAUUAACAUUUUUUCCUUCACUCUUGGAACUGAGGGAAACAAUUCUGCAGUACUCUGAGGGAAAGAACCUUUGUGGUUGCUUUUUUCCUCUUUACAGGUUAAUACAUUAUAUUGGUUAUAACUGGGCAUCAAGCAGGGUAAUUUUAUGUCUUCUCUGUAGAAAUUCAAUUUUUUUAGUUCUGCCUCAAGAAUUCAGUAUGAUUUAAAAAGAUAAUCUGCUGUGGGAUUUGUUGAGUCUUUUGCUGUUAUAUUCUGGAGCCCAGCUUACAGAUUUUAGGCUUUGAUAGAAAUUGGAACUUGAAAUUAAAAUUGGGCUUUGAUAGAAAUUAAACUAUCAAAUAGUUUUGAUAGCUUAAAUCCUUAUUCCUGACAAGUCAUCUUAGAGAUUUGUUGACCUCCGUUACCAUCAGGACAUACUUGCCAUCUGGAUUUCUAGUGGGCUGUCUGCUGAAAUGAUGUGGAAAGCUUUUGCAUUUGAACUGCAAUAGUAUUUGAAAUUUGAGUAACUUUGUGUUGAAUGCUGUGCACCUACAACAGGGAGAUGCUCUCUGCCACGAAAGCUUUAUUUAAAUAAAGUAAAGCUUUAUGCCCUAGACUCCACUGAUUACCUGAGCAGGGAGCUUAGGGGGGCUGGAGUCAGGUAUUUGGGGUCCUGGAGGAGGUGGGUGCAAUUGAUGUGGCUUCUGAGGUGAGGGAACUUUGUCACACCUGACUGCAGCUGCAAAGCAAAGUCUCAUUUCUGAAGUGGGAGUCUGAGAGGCUACAAGUCCGUAUUACCUUUGAGACUGUGCUUCCAUGUGACUUUGUCAAAAUCGCAACACCUUUCAUUGCCUGCCUGUAAAAAUAGAGUAUUGCUGUCUGCCCUGUGUCCUGUUUUCAUUCCUUAAUUGUGAAGUUCUGUCCAGGCUCAUCGAUAAGCUGCCAGGUGAACAAACAGUAUUCAGACCGCUACAGGCUUUGAUCAAUUCUCUGUUGUACCAUUUUUCCUUAUUAUGUGGCAGCCAGGACCUGUUGGAACUGCUCUGUACCUGUAUCGGAAAGCACACUGAUGUACAAAGGCCUUUAGAUUUUUGUAACACUUCCUUGUUCUUCCCAUAUGGGAGCAGAUAAAGAGGAGUUACUGUGUGUAUCUUCAUUCUUGCACAUCACUUGCCCAUUUCUAUUUCCUCUUGCAUCUAAAAUGUACCCAGCGGUGAAGCUGCUGUUGCAAAACAGAGGGAGAAUUGAAUGAUCCAGCAGAAAGUGGCUGGAGAGGUGAUGUGUGCCUACAGCUUUCUGAUGGGGGGGAUGAGAAGAAUGCUGGCUGUGUGGAUGUGGCCCAGCUUCUAGCAGCAAAGCAAAAUGACUUUGGUAAAACAACCCCCUCUCUCAUGUGGAUAUGGGCUAGCAUUGUGUCAUCUUUAGAAUUAUGCUGACAAAAUGUGAGCAAUUAGUGAUGAUAACUCUCAUAAGUUCUCCUACAGUAUAACCAAUUUUAGUUGAGGAUUGGAAAAAAUUAUUCUAAAACUGUAGGAAAAGAUCAAAUUUAAGUAGAAGCUGUUUAAUGUCAUGCCAAUACUUUCUGGAAAGUUUUUGUCUCGGGAUGUUAUGUCAGUGGAUUAAAAUGUGAAGGCAGUAUCCA